AUGGACUUUCUCUUUGGGCGCAGGACCGAAAAGAGUCGGCUCACGCUCAAGCGGCCAUCGUUGAAAGACCCCCCUAACAUCUACUACACUUCUGCUCAGCCGCCCGCUCUACCCAAUCGCCCCGCAACAUCCGCGGGCAACAUCGCCGCCUUUCACCCUCACCCUCACAUACCCGGCAACGGCCCGUAUGCGAACCCUAUUGCCGCGUAUACCCAGCAACAACUCCCUUCUGGAGGCCCGGGCCCAUGGUUAGGCAACGGGUACGAUCCGUCGGCAUGGGCGGUAGCAGCCGUAACACCAGUUCCAUCCCAGCAGCAACGGCCCGUUGGUGCAAACCGGGACUACUACAACCACGACACGACUGCAUAUCCUGGGCCCUACCAAGCGAAUCAUGGCAGUGUGCAGAAUCUGUCUGCUCACCCUCACCCUGGCGGCUGGGCGUCGUCCAUGGUCCAUCUCCCUGUCCAGCACCAGCUCGCCGCUCAGUGGGGCGAUAUGGGCAACCGCUUCGGUGACUUGAUGACGCUCAUCGACUGCGAGCGAUAUGCCGGCGACGAGACGGACUUGUUCCUCUUGCAGCAACCGCAGCCUCCACGUAGUUCUGAUGCGGCGACGUCUGACCGGCCCGGGUCAGGUCGUGCCUCCUCCGACGAUCAUGUGCGAGGGUUCAAUGGCCGUGGUGGGAGAGCGAGAAAGGGCCCGUCCGACAGUGAUAGUAGCCGUCGUCUCAACGCGUCCGACGUUACAGCCGCUGUCAUAUCAGGCACCUACUUCUCCAAGGUCGAUCUCUACGCCAACUCACGUCUCCCCCUAGACCUCCCGCCAUUUGUCGUAUACAUGCCAACCUGGCCGCUCCUCUGCCUCGCCGCGCGCCACUCCCAGCGCGUCUACUCCAAACCCCGCGGGCCGGAGCGGCUCACCCACGUCUCCGCCGACUGGCUCUCCGGGACCAAGGCCAUGACGGUCAGCUCUGUCCCCGCGGACCACGCCGGCGCCAUCGUCCUCGCCAUCCGUGGCUCCGCUUCCUUCGCCGACUGGGCCGUCAACCUGCGCGUCGAGCCUGCGCUGCCCACAGGCUUCCUCGACGACGAUUGCGGCAACGCCUGCCACGCCGGCUUCCUCUCGGCCGCGCGCAGCAUGGUCCGCCCCGUGGCGCGCCGACUGCGUCGUCUCCUCGAGGAGGACCCCCGCCGCGCUUCCUACAGCCUCGUUCUCACGGGACACUCGGCCGGCGGGGCCGUCGCCGCGCUCCUGUACAUGCACAUGCUGGCCAGCUCCGCCGGCGCGCGAAGCGAGCUCACCUCCCUGGCCGGCGCGUUUAAGCGCGUCCAUUGCAUCACGUUUGGCGCCCCGCCGGUCGCCCUACUGCCGCUGCGCAAGCCCGACCGCGCCGACCUACGCAAGAGCCUGUUCCUGGGCUUCAUCAACGAGGGGGAUCCCGUCGCGCGCGCUGACAAGGAGUACGUCAAGAGUCUCCUCGAGCUGCUCGCUCGACCUCCACCAAGCCUUGCGGCGUCGAAGCGAGACCAGCGGGGCUCUAGGGAUAAGCGAGGCAGCAGGGUCAAGGUCGGAUCGUCAGCUCCCGUGUGGUCCGUGCCUCCUGUGACUCUCUGCAAUGCAGGGCGCCUCGUCGUGCUCCGCAGCGGCGACCCGCGCAGCCCGCCAACAGAUCGCAAGACGGUCAAGGAGCGACUCGCUGAGGGCGUCGCAGCCGCGACGUGCACGCCUGAGCAUCUUGGCCGCGUCAUCUGGGGAGAUCCGGUUUGCCACCUCAUGAGCCUGUAUGCAGCGCGGAUCGAAGUCCUGGCCGUCGGUGCCGUGACGGCCAAGCGACGAUGA